GCGCCGCCGCCGCACGCCGAUGGCUGCGGGGUCUCGCGGCGCCGCACGAUCUUCACGAGGCAAGCGAUCCUUGGGCCCAAGGCGGUGGCGGCUGCAACGAGGAUUAGGAAGGCGACGCGGAAGCCAGGAAUAGUGUCGUCAGCAGCAGCCGCUCGGUCCCGGGAGGAAAAGAGGCUGUGGCAACGACGCCGACGUCCUGCGCGUACCCCCCUCUCCGCGGCACCCACCGGGCCCCCUCCUCCUUCUCAGCGGCGGCGGCACGGCCACCAUCUUCCUCUUGCUGCCAGUGGUAGCGCUCGUCUGGAGGAGCUGGUUGUUGGUCUUGACGAUAUUAUGGAUGAAGGAGUUGUUAAAGAAAGUGGCAAUGAUACCAUUGAUGAAGAAGAAUUGAUUUUACCUAACAGGAAUUUGAGGGACAAAGUAGAAGAAAAUUCAGUGAGAUCACCAAGAAAAUCACCUCGUUUAAUGGCACAAGAACAAGUAAGAAGUUUGCGACAAAGCACUAUUGCCAAGCGUUCAAAUGCAGCACCUUUAAGUAGCACAAAAAAAGCAUCUGGGAAGACUGUAUCUACCCCUAAAGCAGGGGUGAAACAACCAGAUAAAUGUCAGAUUAAAGAAGAAGUUUGUACAUCACUAAAACCUGAGUAUCAUAAGGAGAAUAGAAGGAGCAGCAGACACAUUGGACAGAUUGAAGUGGUACCAGAAAUAUCAGUGUCUUCAGCUCAUUCUUCAGUGUCAUCUUGUCUUGAAAUGAAGGAAGAAGAUGGAUUAGAUUCCAAGCAUAAAUAUAAUAAUCAGGGAGAAGCAAAUGUGCCAUCUCAUGAAUUAAAUAGUCCACUUCUUUCAGAGACUUGUGUUAGUAUUGAAGAAAAGAAAAAUGAAGCUCUGAUGGAAGGUGAAAUUAAGACUGUUAGUAGCCCAUUGUUUCAGUUUUCAGGUAAAGAAGAUGAUGAACAGAAUGAUUCCAUUUCAGGUAAAAUGGAUGAGACUGUUGAAGAAAGGAGGGCAAAGGGAAAACUUGAACAAGAAUCAAAGGUGGUAGCAAAAUUAUCUCAUGAGGAUGACCAAAUUAUUGAGGAACCUGAAUCUUCUUCUGGUAUGUCUGGUGAUACUGCUUGUAUAGAUACAAAUAAGACAGAGAAGAACCUUGUAGAUUUGCCUAGUUCAGUGCAUAAAGUGACUGAAUGUAAUUUGGAAUUGAAGAAUACCAUGGAUAUUGUUGAUGAAGCUGAGAAUUCCCUUCAAAGAACUAAAGUGGAACCGUUAGGUUCUUGUGAAGACACAGAGUCUAAUGAUAUUCAGCUAAAGACCACUGAGUUUAAUAAAUCAAAUUCAGAGGUGGUUGAUACUAGUCCUUUUGAACCAGAAACUAAUAUUUUAGAAAAUACUAUUUGUGAUGUGCCUGACCAAAAUUCAAAGCUGUUGGAUAUUACUGAAAAUAUUAAAAUGGAGCCUCAUGAUACAGCAAACCUUCAGAAUGAUAGGAGCAGCCAGUCAAGUAGUGUAUCUUGCUUAGAGUCAAAAAACACAAAAUCCAAACACACAAAACCUGUAACUCAUUCUAAGCAAAACAUGACCACAGAUACUCCAAGGAAAACUGUUGCAGCAAAGCAUGAAGUAGUGCAUAAUAAGACUAAAGUUAAUGUUAAAAGUGUGAAACGAAAUGCUGAUGAACCAGAAUCUCAGCAAAAUUUUCAUAGACCAGUCAAAGUGAGAAAAAAACAAAUUGAUAAGGAUGCAAAGACUCAGAGUUAUAAUUCUGGGGCUAAAUCUAUGAAAAGCCAAGCUCAUUCUGUGUUGAGAAAAACAUCACAGGAUCAAAAUGUAGUGCAAACUUCCAAAUCUUUAACUCAUUCUUUGAGUGAUAAGCCUCUUCCUGGUCACCCUAGUUGCUCUAAAGAACCUCAUCAUCCUGCACAAACUGGACACUUACUACAUUCCAGCCAGAAACAGUGCCAUAAACCUCAGCAGCAGGUAUCAGGAGUGAAAAUCACUAGUCAUGUAAAAGAAGAGCUUGAACACCCAGGCCCUGAGCAUUCUAAGGAGGAUGAUAAACUGAAACUAAAAAAACCUGAGAAAAACCUACAACCUCGCCAGAGAAGAAGCAGCAGAAGUUUUUCUUUGGAUGAACCACCAUUAUUCAUUCCAGACAACAUAGCUACCGUAAAAAAAGAAGGCUCAGAUCAUAAUUCUUCAUUUGAAAGCAAAUAUGUAUGGACUCCCAGCAAGCAAUGUGGGUUUUGCAAAAAACCACAUGGCAACAGGUUUAUGGUUGGCUGUGGGAGAUGUGAUGACUGGUUUCAUGGUGAUUGUGUUGGGUUAAGUCUUUCCCAAGCACAACAAAUGGGAGAGGAAGACAAAGAAUAUGUGUGUGUAAAAUGUUGUGCUGAAGAAGAUAAAAAGACUGAGAUAUUAGACCCAGAUAUUUUGGAAAACCAAGCUACAGUUGAAGUCCAUAGUGAAGAUAAAACAAUGGAAUGUGAAAAGCUUGGGUUAUCAAAGCACAUGACAACAAAUGACAAAACCAAAUACAUAGAUGAUACAGUGAAGCACAAGGUCAAAAUUUUAAAACGGGAGUCUGGUGAAAGCAAAAAUUCAUCAGACUGUAGAGAUAAUGAAGUUAAAAAAUGGCAGCUAGCUCCUCUUCGAAAGAUGGGACAACCAGUUUUACCGCGGAGAUCUUCAGAAGAAAAAAAUGAGAAAAUGCCAAAAGAGUCUACAACUGUUAUUUGCACAGGUGAAAAAGCUUCAAAAUCAGGUACUCAUGAGAAGCAAGAGGUAAAGAAGAAGAAAGUUGAAAAAGGAAUGCCUAAUGUGCAUCCUCCUGCUGCUUCAACUUCCAAGCCUUCUGCAGAUCAGAUCAGACAAAGUGUCAGACAUUCUCUUAAAGAUAUUCUUAUGAAAAGACUUACAGACUCAAAUUUGAAGGUACCAGAGGAAAAAGCAGCAAAAGUUGCCACAAAAAUUGAAAAAGAGCUUUUCUCUUUUUUUCGGGACACAGAUGCUAAAUAUAAGAACAAAUAUAGAAGUUUGAUGUUUAAUCUGAAAGAUCCUAAAAACAAUAUACUGUUUAAAAAAGUAUUGAAAGGAGAAGUAACUCCUGACCAUCUUAUAAGAAUGAGUCCAGAAGAACUAGCUUCUAAAGAGUUAGCUGCUUGGAGACGAAGAGAAAACAGACAUACCAUAGAAAUGAUUGAGAAAGAGCAGAGAGAAGUUGAAAGACGACCAAUCACAAAAAUAACUCAUAAAGGUGAAAUAGAAAUUGAGAGUGAUGCCCCAAUGAAAGAACAAGAAGCAGUCAUGGAGAUUCAGGAAACUACAGCCACUAAGUCAUUGGAGAAGCCAGAGGGAUCUGAAAAACAAAAAGAAGAGCUUGAUUCCAUGUCUAAAGAUACCACUAGUCAACACAGACAGCAUCUUUUUGAUCUUAACUGCAAAAUUUGCAUAGGUCGAAUGGCACCACCUGUAGAUGAUCUCUCUCCAAAAAAAGUGAAAGUUGUUGUUGGAGUUGCUCGGAAACAUUCAGACAAUGAAGCAGAAAGUAUAGCAGAUGCAUUGUCUUCAACUUCCAAUAUUUUAGCUUCUGAUUUCUUUGAAGAGGAGAAACAAGAGUCUCCAAAAUCAACAUUCUCUCCUGCUCCACGUCCAGAGAUGCCUGGAACUGUUGAAGUUGAGUCUACCUUCCUGGCUCGAUUGAACUUUAUCUGGAAAGGUUUUAUCAACAUGCCUUCUGUGGCAAAAUUUGUUACCAAAGCCUACCCAGUGUCUGGCUCCCCUGAAUACUUGACAGAGGAUCUCCCAGAUAGUAUUCAAGUAGGUGGCAGGAUAUCACCUCAGACAGUUUGGGAUUAUGUGGAAAAAAUAAAAGCAUCAGGAACCAAGGAAAUUUGUGUGGUUCGCUUUACACCAGUAACUGAAGAAGAUCAAAUUUCUUAUACUUUGCUGUUUGCGUACUUCAGUAGCAGAAAGCGCUAUGGAGUAGCCGCUAACAACAUGAAGCAGGUUAAAGAUAUGUACCUUAUUCCUUUGGGUGCUGCAGAUAAAAUUCCACAUCCUCUUGUGCCUUUCGAUGGACCUGGGCUUGAGCUACAUAGACCUAAUCUAUUGUUGGGCUUAAUUAUUCGUCAGAAGCUGAAGAGGCAGCAUAGUGUUAGUGCUGGAACGAGUCAUAUAGCUGAAGUUCCUGAAAAUGUACCUAUAGCCUUGCCACCUGACAAAAAAAGUAAAAUAGAAACUUCUACAGAAGAAGCACCAGAGGAGGAAAAUGACUUUUUUAAUUCCUUUACAACUGUAUUACACAAGCAAAGAAAUAAGCCUCAGCAGAUUCUUCAGGAAGACCUUCCAACAGCAAUUGAACCUUUAAUGGAAGUCAGCAAACAAGAGCCACCCAAACCAUUAAGAUUCCUUCCUGGGGUGUUAAUUGGCUGGGAAAAUCAACCUUCUACUCUUGAAUUAGCAAAUAAACCUCUUCCUGUGGAUGAUAUUCUUCAGAGCCUUUUGGGCACCACUGGUCAAGUUUAUGAGCAGGCUCAGUCAGUGAUAGAACAAAAUACUCUUAAAGAAAUUCCCUUUAUAAAUGAGCAAACCAACCCAAAAGCAGAGAAAGCAGAUAAAAUGGAAGUAACUGAUGGAGAAGUCAAGGAAGUAAAAGUUAAAGUAGAUAAUCUUUCAGAAUCUACAAGUAAUUCACUAGUCGGGGGAGAAGAAGCAUCAUUAGUGGGAUCCUCUUCUGUUUCUCCAGGGCCUUUGACAAGUCUUAGUCUCAGAGGUAAACCACCAGAUGUUUCUACAGAAGCAUUCUUAACAAAUUUAUCAAUUCAGUCAAAACAAGAGGAAACUGUGGAGAAUAAAGAAAGAACAUUAAAAAGACAGUUGCUCCAAGAUCAGGAGAAUAAUUUGCAAGAUAAUCAGACUUCUAAUAGUUCUCCGUGCAGGUCUAAUGUAGGGAAAGGAAAUGUAGAAGGUAAUGUGAGUUGCAGUGAAACACUUGUUGCUAAUACAACAAGAUCCCCCCAGUUUAUCAAUCUGAAAAGGGAUCCUAGGCAAGCAGCAGGACGGAGUCAGCAGAUAACUGCUUCAGAAAGCAAAGACGGAGAUAGUUGCCGGAAUGGAGAAAAAAACACCUUACCUGGUGUGUCACACAACAAGGAACACUUAGCAGAACAAAUCAAUGUGGAGGAAAAAUUGUCUUCUGUAGAGAAAAUCUCAUGUGUUCAGCAGAAUGAUAAUUCAAAGGUUGCACAGGACUCAUCAUCAGUAGAAAACUUACCUUCUUCCAAAGCAGAACAAGCAAAACCCGUACAGGAGGAUAUUUUAACACAAAAUAUUGAAACUGUACACCCAUUUAGAAGAGGAUCUGCUGCAACGACUUCUCAUUUUGAAGUUGGAAAUACAUGCCAAUCUGAAUUUCCUUCUAAAAGCAUCAGCUUUACCUCUAGAAGCACCAGCCCCAGAACAAGUGCAAACUUUUCACCCAUGAGGCCACAGCAGCCAAACCUUCAGCAUCUGAAGUCUAGCCCUCCUGGAUUUCCAUUUCCAGGGCCUCCUAAUUUUCCUCCACAAAGCAUGUUUGGAUUUCCACCACAUUUACCACCUCCGUUACUUCCUCCUCCAGGCUUUGGCUUCACUCAAAAUCCCAUGGUUCCCUGGCCACCAGUUGUUCAUCUCCCAGGACAGCCACAACGUAUGAUGGGUCCCCUUUCACAAGCAUCAAGAUAUAUAGGCCCGCAAAAUUUUUACCAGGUUAAAGACAUUCGGAGACCAGAAAGGCGUCAUAGUGACCCUUGGGGCAGGCAAGACCAGCAACUGGAUAGGCCAUUUAAUAGGGGUAAAGGGGACCGCCAGAGAUUUUAUAGUGAUUCACAUCACUUGAAAAGAGAGAGACAUGAAAAGGAAUGGGAACAAGAAUCUGAAAGGUACAGACGCAGAGACAGAAGCCAGGACAAGGACAGAGACAGGAAAAGCAGGGAGGAAGGGCACAAAGAUAAAGAGAGGGCACGGUUAUCACAUGGUGAUCGAGGAGCAGAUGGAAAAGCAAGCAGAGAUAAUAGGAAUGUAGAUAAGAAACCGGACAAACCUAAAAGUGAAGACCAUGAAAAGGACAAAGAACGAGAGAAAAGUAAACAUAGAGAAGGGGAAAAGGACAGGGAUAGGUACCACAAAGAUAGGGACCACAACGACAGAGCUAAAAGCAAAAGGUAAAAUUUGCAGGCUGCUUCAAGAUUACAUUUAAAUAACUGUUAAAUGUUGUAUCUUUAUAAGAUUGCCUGCUAGGAUUGUGCCAUCUUUAAAAUUUUUACUAUUGGUGGUUUGCAGAAUAAUAAAUUCUGUGUGUUGGUACAGAGUGCUCUGUGCCAGUACUCAUCAUCCCUUUCUUCAUACAAACUGACCCUAGUUAUAGGAAUUUAAUAUUUUUAAAGUUUUACAUUGCUGUAUAUUCAAAGAUUUGUUUUAUUAAUAUGCAAUAAAGGCUUAGAAAUUUUAGUUUUUAUUCCUUAAUUGGUAAAUAUGGUUAACUAUGGAAUAUAUUUACUGCCUCUAGUGAAUGUCCUUUAUAUAAUGACUAAUUUGAGAGUAAUGUGUGCUCUGUAACUUUGUUUUAAAUUGCACUGUUUUUAAAGAAACUGUAGAGGAGCAACAAAAAGCCAAGCAAGUUCAUAAUCAGAUUGUACUAAUCAUUUAAUGGAGCAGUUUUUGACUGAGAAAUCAGAAGUCUAAGGAGUACUUUCAUUGCUUUAAUCUCAUUGAAGGCAUUUAUUAUUACAUACUACAGCUUUGUUGUAGGCUAUUAUUUUCCUUUUCAGCUCUUCAGAAACUUGAAUACUUAAGCUUGUACAUGAUCUUGUGUUUUGCUAUCCUUUUUACUGUAAAAUGUAAAUAUUUUAAGGGAUAUUUUGAUUCUAAAUAUGAUAAAAGAAUUUCUCACCUA